AUGACUGAUGAGGCAGAAGCCCUGCAUAUUAGGCCUCCUGAGCCUAUAGUUGUUUCCGUGUUGAGGGCUAGAAAUUUGAGGGGCUCUAAGGGAGAUAAUCUGCAGUGCUUUGUGAAAGUUGAGUUUGGGGACAGAACUCUGGGAGAAAGCUCCAAGCAGGAAUGUAUCCCAGAAUCACCUGCAGAGUUUAACUUUAGUGCCAACAUUAUGUUCAGUUUUGAUGAUCCAAUCUCUCUGGAUGAAAUUCUACAAAAGCCAGUGGUUGUGACAGUCUAUGAAGUAUUAACCAAAGAGAAGAAAAGCAAGGAAGAGAAAUCAGUCAUCCUCGGCCAGUGUUGUAUAGAUCUUCUUCCUCUUGUACAAGGAUCUGUGGAAAUUAGCCGCAGUUUACAGUUAAGUGGGGUCACAGAAUCUCCUGCUGACACAGUGCCAUUUAAUGAACCCAAGGGUGAGAUAGACAUCCGGGUAGCAGUGUCAGAGCCGCUGUUUGAUGAAUUCCAAAUCAGUGAAGGCAACAUGUUAACAAUCUCUGUCGGAAGCUUAUAUUCCCCACCGGAAUCCUGGAUGAUCACAGGUGUUAAUCACAGCUAUGGAGUGGCUCUGCCAGUUCCUCUCACUGCAGAUAAAGAAUUGCCCGUGUUGUUUGCCAAUGGGAAACUCAAAUCUCCUCAAGAAAAAGAGGGUCCAAAGAAACAGAAAAGGUGGGCGGUACCUGGCACAGCAAUUGGUAAUGCUGUCUUUAUGCCAGAUAGGUUCAUGUUCUCAGACCCAGUCGAGAAUGAAGAUGGAGAUUUUAAGGGAAAGGAUGACCUUGAACAUCGUAAAUUUUCCGAACAGGAGAGAAAUCGAGUAACUUGGAACAUGGAAAGAAGAUUUUACUUACAGCGGUCUGCUCUUAAAAAUUUCCAAGACACAAUAACAAAGAAUUACUACUGGCCUGUUGAGGUCAUUCGACUUCCACACACCUCAACAACAAAGGGCAAGAAGGAAGAAGAGUCAAGCCUAGCAUUCCAUGGCCUUGCUUUGAUUAACCUGAGUUCUCUCCUCUAUCCUGGAGUUUCCAGAGUCAAAGGAGCAUUCCGAGUUAUAGGUUUUUCUGAAACUGUGCUGGCAGAAAAAACAAAGAGACAGGGUGGAGUUGUUGAAGACGCUGUCAAGUUUUCUAGCACCUCACCACACAAGUACAGUGCCGCUUCUACACACAGAAAACUGACCAAGAAUAUGGACAAUAAAGACUCCAAAAAAACUAAUCAGCUGAGGUCAGAUACGGCCCUAGACGUGGACACAAUGACUGCGAUAACUGCAGAAGGUCAGCAGUACACGGACGCCAAGUCUUACAUCAUGAUUGAAUUCUGCCUGGAUAAGCCACUUAUUCCCAAGCGAACUACUGAAGCCUUGAUAAAAAGAGUCGCAGAACUGAUACCUCCUCGCCCGUUAUAUCCAAAAAGAACUGACAGAGCUCAGAAGGCGGUGGAAGACUAUCAUGCCCAAGUAGCCAUUAUAGCGGAGAUUGUUUUAGACAAUUUUAGAGACAUGUUUGCCGAUGAGCUCAAGGAUUCUGGCCCACAGUCACCUGAUGUCAUGGAACAGAGAAGGCAGCAGUUUGUUUAUGAACUCAACACAACGGGCAAAUAUUUUGCCAUCAAGGAGCAGCUGAAGCACAGUGUGGUGAAGAUUGUCAGAGAGAAGUACCUGCGCACCACAAACUUUGAGGACAAGGGAGAGCUACAGACAUUCCUGUCAGAGCUGUAUGUGUAUCUCGUGGACCAGAUGCAUGUGUCCUUGAGCAAAGUUCUGGCAUACGAGGAUCAGCCGGCCGUCCCCAAACCCCUGAAAGACAGCAACCAGCUGAAACACUUUGCCUUCGAGGCUGAAAUCAAUCACAACUUUGAACUGGCUGAAACAUAUUACAAAGAGAGGAUUGCCAGAAACAAAGCAGACACAGAUUCCUGGUUUGACUACGGCACGUUUAAUUUGUACAUUGGAAACAUACCAAAGGCAGAAGAGUGCUUCAAAGAGUGCUUAUCAACCAACCCUAAGCAUUUACAGAGUCUCUUGGUGUAUGGCAUAGUGUGUGUCAUUUCUGACAAAAAUGAAAUAGCAGAGACAUUUUUUGAGACAGCUACAUGUAUACACUGUAAAAGUGUUCUUGCUUGGACUAUGCUAGGUCUGUUCUAUGAUGCGGUCUCCAAUGAGAUUGGAGCAGAGAUGGCUUAUGCAGAAGCUAACAGAUUAAAUGACAAGAAGAUUCUAGCUUUCACUCAAGCAAUGAGAGAAAAGGAGGAGGAAUUGCAGGAACAAAAGAGGAAAGAGCAAGAAAAGAUUGCUGGGGAAUCCAAAAGAGAAGAAAUUCUAAUGGCGGUAGAUGAGGGAGGACUUUCUGUCCAAGCUGUGGACCCAAAGCUUGGAAACAUACAAAAGAGCACUCCAGCCCUGGCUAAACAAAUAUCACCUGCUAUCAGACAAGCUCCCAGUGUUAGUCCUAGCACCUUAUCAAGACCCAGUGGCAAACCUGGUAGUGAAGAACCAAUCCAGCAUGAUCUUACAUCUGUUCUUCCCUCAAGCAUAUUUAUGGAGGCUGUUGAUUGGUUGCUUCAAGUCAAGGCUAUUUCUUUCACAGAAAGAGCACUGGGUCAUGAACUGCUGACAAUUACCGGAGGUCCCAAGCUGGACUUCUAUAUCGCCAUGGCAAAACUCUACAUACUGAAGGGAGAUUACUCUGAAGCCGAGAAUAAUCUCAAUGAAGCGCUGCAAUUGGACAUCAAGAACCAGGAUACCUGGGCGUUGAUGGGACAUGUCAAGUUUCUCAAGGGAGACAAGCCAGGUGCCAGAGACUGCUAUGAAAGAACUCUGUCAUUUGUUAAUGAUGCUAGUGAGACACAUUCCUUGUACCUUCGUUUGGCAUCUAUUUAUUUGCAUGAAAAUAAGUACCAAGAAGCCAAAAAGAUAUAUUUGAUGGCCUGCAAGAAGAACCCAUCUUGUGUCACCUGGCUAGGAGUUGGCACUGCAUGCUACAGGCUUGGUGAGUUAUCAGAAGCAGAAGAUGCCCUGUCUGAAGCGAACAUGCUGAACAACCUGGAUCCCGAAGUGUGGGCGUACCUAUCUCUGGUGUGCCUGAAAACAAACAGGUGCCACCAAGCAGAGCAGGCCUACAAGUAUGCUAUCAAGCUGAAGCUGGAGGAAGGGCCACUGUUGGCAGAGAUUCAUGGGGAGCAAGCAAGAUACGGGUUCGGAAAUCCAUCUUUCUAG